UUUUACAGUCUGAUCUGCAGCUGAAAUGCGCGUCAUCGCGCUUUUUGUUGUCCUUGGCUUGCUGGGAAUCGGAUAUGCGCAGUAUCAACAAGCACAGUUUCAAGGUGGACAACAAAGAGGUGGUGGUUACCAGCAGGGCGGAUUUCAAUCAGGCGGUGGUUCGCAAAGUCGAUAUCAACAGAGCCAUGUGGUCGUGGGACCUGGGCCGGUGAUAGGUGGUGGUGGGAAUUUUGGCGGCCAAUUCAAAGAGCAAAGGACAAUUAAUAUUCAGGAAAACAUCCAAGGAGUUCAACAAGGAGGUGGCUAUGGUUACGGGGGAGUUUCCGGUUAUCAAUCGCAGUAUGGCUCUCAAUCCGGCUAUGGCGGUCAGAUGGGAGGGCAGUUUGGAUCUCCCGGAAGGACAGUAUAUUCCAAUAAUCCAAUGGCACUCGAAACAGGAAGUGGAUUAAUGGGAGCUGAAGUUGAUUUAAGACUCAUUUCCUACACAAAUUCUGGACUGAAACUUCCGAAUGGAACAACCUGCAACUGUCCGAUUUCAAAUUGCAACUUUGUACCCAGCAAUCAUCAGAAUCAAUGCCAAUUCAGUUUUGUGCUUGUUAUCUCUUGCGCGGACCAAUCAAUCCAGUACACUCAAUCAAAUUUCUACCCUGUUCCGAAUAAUGGAAUUAUUACCACUGGAAAUUGGACAAACCAGCAUACUUUCUACAUGGCAACAAAACCGAUUUCAAUUGACGUCUUCGUGCAACAUCUUGGUGUAGUAAUUGAUAGCAGCUCCGGACAACUACUUUUCUUUAAUCAUCUUUCUUUGGUAGAUUCUUUCGUGGUGGACCUCUCUAAAUUCAGCACAAACACUGGAAAUCAAGGACAGGGAACUCAAACGUUAACACUCACUGGAACAAGCCUUCAGACCCAGCUUCAAAUGAACCUUAAUGUACAGUGCAUUAACAACUUCAUGGGCCCGCUGUGUGAUUUAACCUGUAAUAAAACAAAUGCUCAAGCUAAUCAUCUAGUGGCAUGUUUUAGCAAUCGAACUGGCACGUUCUCCCUCUGCAAGUGGAACACCCAACUAACCCAGGUCGUUGAAUGCAAUCCAUGCACUUAUGGAGUUUACAACGGGGCUUGCGCGGCUGCAGUCAAUGUCAAUAACGUGGGCGUGGCCUAUGCCUUCAGAACAUGGACCAUCGUUCUUGGUUGUCUUCUUGGAAUCGCUUUGUUGCUUAUUCUGUGCCUCAUUUUGGCCUAUCUUAUAAUUUUGAAUCGAUCCUAUCCAAAAGAACAAUAUGAAGAAGAGUAUGUCGUGGACAAGAAAAUAGAUGUAAUUGAUCAACAUGACAAAAAAAGAGCAGCUGGCUCAGAUCAUGGUUCCGACCAGCCACUCAUAACAAAUGAAGAAUGGUCCAGCACAACGGCAAAGCGAAAACCAGUCGGAAUACUGCACCAAACUCAAAAUCAGAAUCAUUUGAUUAAUCAAAAUCAUCAGACUAAUCAAAAUCAUCAAAUCCAUCUGAAUGGUUCCGUGCAUAACGGAGAGCCUCGGCUAGAUUCUCCCAGCACUGAGGAUAGCUACAUGGCAAACGGACAAGUCCAACAUACGACCACCACCACAACAACGACAACCCGUCGAGAGCAGAUUGUUUGAGCAACUGUUCACGCGUUCUCUAUCUUAUUUUUUAAAUCUACUCACAAUACGAUUUUCCGUUACAAAUAUAAUUUAAUUAUUGUUGAAAAGUAUUUAUAUCUCACUUUCUUCAUCCAUACAUCCAUGUUCAUUUUAAUUUCAUGUAUUUAAACUUUUAAUAUUUUUUGUACUUGCCACUUUACUUUUUUCAAAUUUAAAACUUCAUAUGUUGGCACCAACGCCUCGUGUCAGUUUUUCCUGCCCAAAGCCUUUUUUUGUGAAUUUGACAACUAGCCAUUGAAACACGGUCUCCGCGUUUUGUGCCGACUAAAACAAAACCAUUCUUCAAUUAUUUCACUCCUGAAAACUACGCUUCUGAUGAUGUUCAAUUAUUCCGCCUGUAUUAUUUUGACUUCGAAACAAAACGUUUUUCAAGACUAUAUAUGCCUAUGUCCUUUGUUCAAAUAAACUUCUCGUUUCAACAGUGCA